ACGGCUUCUCCUUGUCUGCGGCUUGUCACGGAAACCGGUGCUCCGCCAUUUCGUGUGCAUUCUACGGGUGUCGGGAGAUGUCGAACGGCGGAAUCAGGCGCGAAUUACAUCAACCUUCAAUGAUAUCUUUUGGUACUCAACUUCACAUAGUUAUCUGAAAUGUAGUUAUCGCAUUCGCAGAAGACCGGUCAUCGACCCCAUUGUGCCAGUCUUCAAUACUUUGCUCGAACGCGGAGAGCUCAUAGAGUUUUGGGCAUCAAAGCCGCAUGAGAGGUGUAGGUGAGCAUAUUAUUAGGCAUUAGUUAUUUACUUAGAUGCCUAGAGAAAAGACGUUGAACGUUUGGUUUAUAUGCUACUAUUGCUAUCCUUGAGAUAACUAUUAGCUGGUGACCUGAUAGUCUUUUGUGCAAGUCGGGUUUUCUACGAGACCAUGCCAUUAGAUGCUUUCGAAGCUCGGCUGAUGUUCACUGAUCUACUUCGCCGGCUCAACGCAUCAGUGCAAUCGGCUACGAAGUGCGCGCAAUUUGCUGUACGCAAUAAGGAUUUAUGUGAGGAUCUGUACUCUUGCAUUAUUGAAGAGUUGGAUCAAACAUCACUAAAUUCCAGAAUCAACAUUCUGUACUUCUUAGAAACAUUAUGCGAGAGUAGUAUUCGGACCGGGUUUGACGAUUAUGUCACCAUGAUACGCAGAGAUUUAUGGAUGAUAUUGGAGAAGGUGGUUCCAGAGUCAUCAGCAGCCCUGGCGAAUGUGGCGCUUGCAAAAAAGGCACUGGAAAAUCUGCAACGAAAAUCUGUGAUCACACAGCAGGAACUGAUUCAGGCUUCCACCAAGUUGGAGGAGCGCGAGGUUCAAAUAGGAAAGGACAAAACGAUAAGUUUCUCAAAAGAAGACAUCCUCAAAAGGAUGGACGAGGAUCGGGAACGACACAAGAGAAUGCGGGAGAAUAUAUGGGUGAUUCCCGCUGGAGAAUUGAUACAAACGGAGUUUGACAAUGCGUGGGAAACAAUAAGUGAUCUGGGGGAAGAUGACUUCGACUCAAUGACAGAAGAGAAUAAUAUUUUUAGAAAAUCUGCUCUGUAUUGAGAUGAGAUCUCUUUCUGGUCAACAUGAAAGAACAACUAUGUCAUAGAUAGCUCAUCGCAUAUAGUGUAUCAAUAUUUGACACAACUGAGCUGGACAUAGGUCAAGGUAAUCGAAAUAUAGCAUCCAGACAGUAUGAGCUGCGAUACUACUUAUUAUACAAAUAUGGGGGUCAUAU